AUGUAUCUUUUGGAACUACAAAAACUAAUGCGACACGCAGGUUUAAAUCAAGAGUCACAAUUAGAACGAGUAUAUCGCAACAUGAGCACUGAGUACCAAAUAUACAUCAAACGUCGGAAUUUCACUUGUCUAAAGGAAUUAAUAGCACUAGCUGAGGACUUCGAAGAACUACGCGAAGAGCAGAAUGAAGUAAGUCGAGCACGAGAUAGUGAGGUAAUCUUCGGGCGCGUAGCAGUGGAAUGUGCACGACCGCUGAUAAUACAGAAGACCAUGAGACGCAUAGCCAAUACACCGAAAUGUGAUAAAAUCAUUCAUAGUCCAGUCUCCAAGUCACCUUUCCGCAGCCAGCAGCAACACCAGCCAAUCGCCAAGCAAACACCUGCAGAAACGUCUAGAAUUUUUACUUCAACUACUGCAGCAAGCAUAUCAACACAAAGCGUGCGACAUCGAAAUGACGCGGAACAACAUCAUGUAUCACCGCAAGAUCGCAAACUAAUCCCAGAAAAUCCAAAAAUAAUUAAGCAACAGCGAGUUCCACAAGAGCAAGAACCAUUACAAGUCCAAUUGAAACAAAUGCAACAAGAGCAAGAUCCGAGUUCAAUCAGGCUGCAAAUACCAGAAGUACAACAAGAACAAAGUCCUAAAGUCAAAGAAAUGUCAGCAGAGUAUUGUCAACCACGAGUCAUACAAAAACAGGAAAUAUUACAAGUUCAAAUGAAGCAAGUAACGCAGCAACAAGAUCCAAGACCUAAUAGUGUACAAAAGGCGCAACGAUACCGAGAUCCAAGUCCCAUCAUGGUAGCACCUGAUGUAAAACAACAUCAAGCUACACAAGAACAAGCAGCACAGCACCAAGAUCUAAAACAUAUCAAAAAACAAAUACCAGAAAUACCACGACAACCAAAUCCUAAAUUCAACGAAAUGCCAGCAGAAUUUGGUCAACAGCUAGAUAUACAUGAGCACGUGGCACAACAGCAAGAUUCAAGACCUAGUAGCAUGGAAGAAGUACAACGACACCGAAGUGCAAGCCCUAUCAAUGUAACGCCAGGUCCAGAUGGAAAACAGCUACUAGAUACCCCAGAGCACGCAGUACAAGAAGUGUUUAACAUCUCGCAAGAACAACCACCGUCAAAGACUUCGCUAAUACCAUGGAAGCAAAAGGAUAAAAUUAUCAAAACGAAUUCGACAAAAGGUCAAAUAUAUGAUGAAAUACUUAGUCUUACCCAAUCAUUACCAUUAACACAACUACCACAGCAAAAGGAAAAAACAAUCCGCCUUCUAAAACAAGUAGGAGUAUGUUACGAGUAUCACGCAUCGAAAAAUCCACCUAGUAUUCAAAGUCGACAGCAACAAGUGAAACAUCGAAGUGUAUUUCAACAAGACGAUCACCACAUCAAAGAGCAACACGACUUCUAUAAAAUAUAUAAGAGUCCAAAACAACGUCACAGAAAUCACGCUGGCAGGUAA